CUACUGCUGGGCCUCAUUGGGGGCCUGACUCUACUGCUGCUGCUGACUCUGCUGGCCUUGGCCAGGUACUCAGGGCUGCUGGCUGGGGUAGCAGUGAGUGCCGGCUCACCCCCCUUCCGCAAUGUCACUGUGGCCUACAAGUUCCACGUGGGGCCCUACAGCGAGACAGGGCGGCUUUUCACGGAGAGCUGCAGUGUCUGCCCCAGGCUCCGCUCCAUCGCCGUCUACUAUGACAACCCACACACGGUGCCCCCCGAGAAGUGCCGCUGUGCAGUGGGCAGCAUUCUGAGUGAAGGCGAGGAGUCACCCUCCUCCGAGCUCAUCCAGCUCUACCAGAAAUUUGGCUUCAAGGUGUUCUCCUUCCCGGCACCCAGCCAUGUGGUGACAGCCACCUUCCCCUACACCACUGCCAUGUCCAUCUGGCUGGCCACCCGCCGCGUCCAUCCUGCCCUGGAUGCCUACAUCAAGGAGCGGAAGCUGUGUGCCCACCCUCGGCUGGAGGUCUACCAGCAAGACCAGAUCUAUUUCAUGUGCCCGCUGGCCCGGCAGGGAGACUUCUAUGUGCCUGAGGUGAAGGAGACAGAGCGGAAAGGCCGGGGGCCUGCGGAGGCCAGUGAUGCCCAGCUGGAUGGCACAGGAGCUGACACGCUGAGCGAUGCGAGUUCUGUGAGCCUGGAGGUGGGUCCUGGCAGUCGGGAGACGUCGGCGGCCACACUGUCCCCAGGGGUGAGCAGCCGCAGCUGGGACGACAGUGACACCCGCAGUGAGCACAGCUACAGCGAGUCGGGCGCCAGCGGCUCAUCCUUUGAGGAGCUGGACCUGGAGGGCGAGGGACCCCUGGGGGACCCCAGGCUGAGCCCUGAGGCUGAGCCCCUGGGUGCUCCCAAGUGGCCCAGGGAGCUCAGUACCCCUGAAAAAGGCGAGGAGUAGCCCGUGGCCCCCUCCUCUGUGCUGCAGUCACUAAGGAACGGGACCGGACUCUUCAGCCUCCUCCUCCUCCACCUUCCGGGCCCAGGCGAGGGCCAGGGGUCUCAGGGGACCUGACUUCGACCCCGGCCUCUAGCUAAGCCCUGUCCUCACUGCCCUCUUGGCUCCCAGGGCAAAGGAGCAGGGACUGCUCCCUGCCCCCAGCCCGGGGCUGCUGCCUCUGUUACAUCUUUUUUCAGAUUCACAUUGGAGCUUCCAGGAACCAGAAUAAAGCAAAAGACUUUAUUGUUUCA